AUGAGUGCAACUACACGCGGCCGGCGGCGAGUCUCGGCCCUAGGCCUGAUCCAGCCAUCUCCCAGUCCACUAAAUCCUUAUCAUCACACUUCUUUUUUCUUCCCAACUACUUACUGUCCUGUCGAUCACAUGGGGAGAAGGUAUCGAUUUCCAACUUUCGAUGUUGAUGUAACUUCUUCUCAAGUUUUUUUCUCUUUUUUUUUUAAGAUCUCGAUUUGAGAAAAUCAUAAUGAAAUUUGGGAUUUUAAGUGCGUCACUGAAACCGAAAUCUGAUUUUUGAUAAAAGGUUUCAAAUAGGUUCGUCCAUGUUUACUAGGCAAAUCCAUGGAAAAUUGCUGGAUUUGCCCUGUUUUUUUAAAGCUUGAAAACUUGUCUAAUGCUUCAUAAAAAUAAAUCCUGAGAAAACCAUUUUUUUGCGCCUUUCAUUGAGAUUUUUACAAAAAAAUUCGUAUUGACGAAAUUUUUUUCAGGCUUUCAAUGAGAAAUAUUAAAAUUCUCUUGAUUCUGAAAAAGUUAAAACCUGAAGCUCCCCAAUGAAUCUAAAAAAAUGAAAAAUUGAAAGUUUUAUCCUUCGACUAGUAAAUACUUAGAACUCAUUCCAAACUGUCAGCAUCCUCAAUAACUAUCGGAGUUUCUUGUCUACAUAGAGUCACACCCACCGCCGAGGCCUAAUGACUAAUAAUCGGGUUGGCUCCAAAUGGUCGGCGGCGUGCUGUUUUUAGGCUAUCCGAUGCUCACAAUUGACCAAUUCUUGGUCUUCAUAUUACUUUUUACUUUCAUUUUCAUGCUUUGAUGACUUUGCUGUUUCAGAAUUCUCGGUGACGCGCUCUCGCGUGGGUUCUCGCUCACCUAUGACGGUCGACGACGAACAGAGCCGCCUGGAAAAAAUGCCAUCAGCAGGUAUUUUGCGUUUUAGAAUAUAUUUAUUCGGUAUGAUUUUUAUUUCUCUGUUUUCGCCUCUAUUUUCUUUCACUUUGAGAAUUUGUCUGAGGUGCCGAAAUUUCUGUUUCAAAACUUUUCGAAAACGUUUUUUUGCAAAAAUAAAAUCCGAUCAUUUCCAUUUUACUCCACAAUCUUCCAACUUUCCAUCAAAAAUAACUGGGUUCAGCCUCCGAGUUUUCCUCCUUAUCAGUGCCUGAAAUCUGAGCUUGAUUCUUCUUCCCGAGUAAUUAGCUAUUUCUAACUAAGAAUCUUGGAGCUUCACCCCCCUCAGAGCCAAAUUUAAUGAGGUCUAGUGACCUCAGAGUUCAUUUAAAAAUGGGGAAAGAAUAAGCCAAAAAUUUCUGGCUUUCAGUGAUGCUACAGUGAAAUUAAAGAAUUCUUAAAUUUCUGCCAUUCACGAGAGCAACAGAUUUUCCAGCGACUCUGUGGCGCCGGUAUAGGUACCGCAUAACCAAUGAAUUGAAUUGCUUUCCUCACGCCAUUUUAUUCAAGAUUUCCAUGCGUCAAAAAAUUAGCUCUUCAACAAACCGUUCUAGAGAAACUUUUGUAGGGUGAUGGAAUUUUUUUUUUCGAAAAACGGCCCUAACUUCUUUCACUGACCUCGGCCUGAAGGCGUCUCAUAAAAAUGAACGGUUAUUGUCGCAUCGGCUGUUUUGCGAAUGUCCUCCUCACUUCUUCAUGUUUGAAACCUGGCCCACUGUAGAAUUACUUCAAGGGAUCAUUUUCUGUUUCCAAGAAAAUUUGAUGAAACAAGACGCAAGGAAAUCUUGACAAAACCUGUCGCGUUGCGAUACCGUACACGGAUUUCUAAUCUUGACACAUCUAUUAUGGAAUCUGUCAAAUUUCUCACUGAGUACCUUGCAAAAUCUGUCAUGUUUUGUGAAAAUACGACUCUCCACUUCAAUGGGACGUUUGAAAAAGAUAAGAAAAAAAAAUGUUUGAACUUGGAAUUUAUUAUACUGAAUACAUCUAUAGUCCAUUCGAACAUACUGAAAAUAAGAUUUUGAAAAAUCUUAGUCUAGCCACACUUAUUACUCGAGACUGCAAAAUUCAAACUAGGUUUCAGAAAAGUUAAAUUAGACUUCUUUUUCACAAUUUAUUCCAUUUUUUCCUUUUAUUGCUUAUAACGAAAAUCGAUAGACUUAAAAACGUAAAAAAAAAGUUCAGGCAAUAUUUUUUCUUCAGGCCUUUUCUUUUUCAGUCUGUACUGCUUUAAAAGCUUCAGCUGACUGUUGCGAAUCUACAAAAAUCGAAUCAAUUUUAAAAUUAACGUUCGCUAGAUAUAUAUGCCACAGCUUAGAAAUCGAUGAUAAGCGCAAAAUUUUCAAGAGGAAAAAAAACAAGAAAGCCAAAGAACCUUCUUUUUUUGAAAACCUUUUCUGUCAUGACCCACUCCAUACAAAAGAAUUUUGUCUAGAAGUACAGUAAGAUCUAAUAAAAAGUGGACUUUUUUCUCAGUCGGAGGUAUUAGUUGCUCGAUUGUGCGACCUCCGCUUUUUUUCUGCCGGUUUUAAGUUGUCACCUUUUUUUCUGGGUAGAUCGCCGUCGCGUCGCAAAGUGGUCCGUCGAGGCGCAAUUGUCUCGUCCACAUAUGCCCCUAUGGAGUGUCGAUUUCACACUUCCGUGCUCACGCAUUCAUUCAGGAAGCGUAACACCUAUAAUUCAAAGCAUUCGAGCCAGCCUCUCUAUAGAAAGACUGAGGGUACCAUCUCGACCUGUGGAUCGAGGACAGCUGCAAAUUGACUUUGCUGUUUAUGACCCUCUAGCUAAAGCCCUAUGGGUUCUAUGCAAUGGGAAAAAUCGAGAAUUUCCUCAUUAGAGCAGAAAAAACUCACAAGAAAAAGCCCUGUAUCGAUUCUCGUUUUUUGAUUUUCAAAGUCACUUCACUGAACUCUUAAAGCAAAAGCUCUCUAAAAAGAUUUCGCUCAGUUUUUUCGGCCGUUCCUGACACAUUACACCUUUUUUCAGUCAUUAUUUGCAAUAUCUCAUUUUUUUUGAUAUCUCUGAACCGGAUAGUGUGAAGAAGGAGGCAAAAAUGACUGUAAUUUUCAAAAAAAAAAUUUUUUCCUUCCAUUUUGUAGUGCCAUAUUUGAUAACUUUGAGCUUUUUUUUUUUUUGGCAGUUUUUCUUCAAAUCACUGUCUAUCGAUAAAGUUCUGAUUAUUUCAUAAUUUUUGAAAGAUUGAAAUCUCAUUCUCUUACUGUUCCCUUCAGUUCCGAAAAUUUUGAACAGACUAUUUUUUCCCCCCUUUUUCAGGUCAUUUCAGGUUUCUUGAUUUUCUCAUCAUUUUUGAAUCCUUCAACUUCGAAGGUUAAAAAUCAAAAUACUUCAAAAAAGAUCUAAAAGAUGUACCCAAACUACCGAAAUUUCAAAAAUAACCCUUCUCCCGUACUACUACAAGACUGUACAAAGACUUUACGCUCCAAUUACUCGAAUUAGUCAAAUCAUCAUUGACUACGGUAGGACUGAGAAAGUGUGCAACAACAGGAGCUCAAGCGAGUUGCGCAACGUGCUCCAAGAGAGUUUCCGCGUUGGCUCCCCACCGGGAGGUUGACGAGUUGAUAGGAGUGCGGAUUCCGCCGCUGCAUCUACCAUAUGGACAGUCCUAAGUCUCACUAAUAUGUUAAUUUCCUGGCGGCGUGUCUUUAGUUCAAACAGUUUGGAAAAGGUUUAGAAGUCAUAUUGAACUUUAGAUAGUAAUCAACGCAAGCUUAAAAAAAUUAACAACAAAACGGCUCUUUCUUCUCGCUUUUGGAAACUUAGCUUUGAUGAAGCCUCAAACUAUUAACGAAUGAACUAUUUUUGAACUGAACGAAAGAAGUUUUUGUUGAAAAAGUUUCAGCUGAAGUUAACUUUUAGUGUUGAAAGCAUGUUACGAUCCCUUAUGGUUUCAAAAAGACGAAGCUUUCUUUGAAAAAAUCAAAAACUUCAUUCAAAACGUCUCUAGAAAAAAUUGACAUUUGAACAUUUCCAAAAUGGUUCCUGUUCAAUGUUAGGUUCUUCUCCAUGCCGUCCUAGUCAACCCAUUUUCUCAAGUUUUAGGGAUCUAGCAUAUCAUUUUGAAGCUGAAAAAAAACCCAUCGCUUCAAAAAAGCCAAGUUCGCCAUUCUCACACCUUUUAAUCCAGUCAGCUCAAAAAUUCAAAUGUUGCGGCGACAGUCAAAGUGCGGCGAACGCGGACAUCUAGGUGUGCCGGUCCGGACCAUAAUGGGCUCUUUGUGACUUCCGGUUGGCGGAGAGUGGAGAGAGCCUGACCGAUGUCCACGAGGCACUGACCCGUGCUUCAAUUCCAAUUAUCUUCUUGGCGAAAUCUCCAAGAAUAACUACGCUGGCGCGUGCCCCGGCAGCCAACUCUUAACUGGAUUAAUUGCAAUGAUCCUUGUUAUUUGAAUCUGUUGGGCGAGGGAUGAGUUUCAAACCUUAUUUCGAGAGCGGAACCCCUGGAAUCACCGAAAAAACUGCAGAAAAAGAUUGAUUGACUUUGAGAUGGUGGAGAUGGUUUUUUAGCUUUUGAUACUUCUUUUUCUGCAUAGUCUCAAGCCCAACAAUUGCUCAUUGGGAUUUUAUGUUGAUUGGAACUUUCACUCUGAUAAUUUUGAAAAAUCACUGGAAAAUCUCUAGCGUAGUACUUCUAUAGAAAAAUUGCCUUUCUAAGCCCCUGGAAACUUUUCUUACAUACCAAAAAAAUUUUCAAAUCAAAAUCGCUCUCAAAAUAAAACUCGAAAGUUUAGCAGUUUCUUUGCUCUGUGCCCACUCGGCUGAAUUAAGCACAUAUUAUUUGACAAGAAAAAAAAAACUGAAAUAUUCCAGUUGAUAACUUUAUCGUAUCAGCUUAACUUCUAAGCAUCCAGAAAUUCCUUUGGAAUCGCAAAUUUCAAGAUUAACGUGAAGGUCUGAUCCUUUGACAUUUUCAGUGAAGAUUUGGGAGUUUUGACUGUGAAUUUGUGAAAUGAAGGUGUUGAUUACUAUUAUUCGAACAAGUGAGACCAGAUUGUGGGUACAGAAGGUGUUGGCCAAACAAGUGAGUCGAGUGGCGAGGGGAGCGCUUUCAAGAAGAAUGUGCUUUAAUUGGCAAGUGUGGUGGAUGCCGCGCCGGCUGUCCUAAUCCGGCGAUCCAUCAAUUUUUUCGGUCCGUAAUAUACCACUUGCUGUGAUGUAGACUUCAUCAGGGUGAGAAAAAAAAAACAUGCGCGAUGAUGAAGGAAUGGAAGGAAGUUGAAACGGCAAAGCGCAAUAAUGUUUUUUUCGAAAAAUGUUCUCGAAAGGUUAUUUUCGAUCUUUUCUCUGAAGCUUCAGGCUUACUGGAAUUCAGUGAUUUUUCUCAGGUAGUUCUGCUCAAAACUUUUGCUCGAAAAGUCUUAAAACGGUUCGAAGCGAAAAGAGGCUUUCAGUAUACUUUUUCUUGACUUUUUAAAAUUUUUGUGCAAAAGGAAAAAUUAAAUUUAUUUUUCACUUACCUCUCAUUCUUCAUUUUUUCCCUCUUUCUCUGAGAAACUAGGACUUCACGAAAAAGAUAUUAUUAUUAAAACUCAAAAAAAUAUGACGAGUUUUAUUGAAAAGUUGCCUGCAUUUCUCUCCAGCUUUCGGCAGUUUUCUGUUCUAUUUUCAACUUUUUCUACCGCUUUUACAUAUUAAUAUCUUGCUCGGCAUCUUCAGACAAAAAUUCAACUUCUUCUACUUUUCCAACUGUCUCUUUAAAUAUUCUGAGCAUUGGCAGAUUCAGAUGGAGGCCACACGGGCGUCAACCAACUCGGUGGCGUCUUCGUCAACGGCCGGCCCUUGCCCGACGCCACCCGCCAGCGAAUCGUCGACUUGGCCCACAGCGGCUGUCGGCCUUGCGACAUCAGCCGGAUUUUACAAGUUUCCAAUGGGUUAGUUGAAAAAAAACAAUGUUGAUUCACGUGGAAGCGUUGUGGUCAUCUCUCCAACUGAGAUUUUCGUUCUCCUCUUGAACCUUUUUAUCAAGUUUCAUAUCGCGCAAGUAGUUUUUUUAGUCGGGUGAAGUCUCGAAAAAUCAUCCCGUAGCCAUUAAACUCGAAUGCGUGACCGGAAAAAAUUACGUUUUGAGAAUUUUUCGAUUUUACUUUUUUUGGUACAAAAAGCUAGUAAUGCAAUAAAAAGUUUUGAUUUUUUUGAUUUUAAGUUUUCACAAGGGAGGUCAUUUUACUUUGUGGUCGGAAUUUUGGGAAAAAAUGGAUAAAAAACUUCUUGAUGAACCAGAAGAAGUUUCUAAAAGCCUCAACCUGCACAAAUUCCCACAUUUUGAGUAAAGACGCUGUAAGUUCAAACAAAACGCUCAAAAUCCUUCAAAAUGAGCUGUUUUGGGGCUUCAGACCUUUUUUCUCUGAAACUAGAAAGUUGUGUAGGUUGAGGUUUCCCGGACCUUUUUCUGGUACAUCACGGAGUGUUCUGGCCGAUUUUCAAAGAGUUCCCAACCGCAAAGUAAAAUGAUCUCCCCUGUGAGUUUCGUACUGAAGUUUUCGAACAUCCUUUAUUUGAUAAAUAUUCUUUUUUUUUUUUGAAAACCGGAGUAUUUUUUUCUAGAAAGGAAAUAUCCGAUUUUUUUGACCUAACUUUUUCUUUCCUUCGAUCAAAGAUUUUUGCCAUUCUUUCCUAGAAAAAAAUUUAAUAAUAUGACAUGUAUAAAUUAAAUGUCAGAAAAUCUAAUACUUACUGUGUGUGUCAAAAAAAGUACAUUAAGAGAGUCUAAUCUUCCAUAUAUGUUUUUUUCUUCUUCUUUUUUUAUAAUAAGAUAAUACCAGACUGCAGGGGCGGAUAAUCCCUUUACAUGUCUCUUUCACGUUCUCAAAUCAUUUUUAUAAGGAAGUUUUUCCUCUUAUCUUCUCAGUCUUUGGUCUGAAUUUUUAAUAGAAAAUGAAUUUUUCGUCUAAUUUUUCCAGAAAAAUUUCCCCCAAAUUUUUUUCUGGUAGUUUCUAAAAAAAGGGGUUUGUUUGAAAUUGCGACUUCGGAAAACUUGAGCGGCUUUCUCAGAGCAGAGAUAUCCAAAAUUAUUUACGAAAAUUCCAUUUAAAAUCAUCAGUCAUGACGUCUUCUUCCUUCAAAAAGCAAAAUGUCCCCACCCUAACGUACCUUUCUAUUUUUUUCACGAUUUCGUGGGCUGACUUAGUAUUUUGCGGCACGCACUUUUCCGCAAAUCUUUCCGUUUCCAAAGGCUUAAGUUUUACCCCAUGGUAAGUGCGUAGGUGAGCUUCUAGAAGGUAAGUUUCGGAAAGCCCCGAUUUGACAAAGAACGGAUAACUGUUGAGAAGUCUCCCAUUUUGCUAUAAAGAUAUAAACAUUCUUUUUUUCCGCCAUUGACGUGGUAAACGACGCUUGCAAAGGCUUGUGCCGCGGAUUAUGUACAGGAAGAAAUUGGAAGAAAGUUGUUGAAAAAAUCGAAAACAAUAAAGGCUCAAUCAUCAUCUUUUACACCCCGCACAAUGAGUUUUUUCUCGAAUAAUCGCUGAAACUUUAAAAAAGUUGAAAGGUUUAAACUGAAAUCAGAAUCAAAAUUUGAGCUUUCCAAUCCCAGAUAUGUACAAAGAAAAUCCGUACUCUGCUUGGUCUGAGCUCCGAAAACACUGGUUAGCUCUGUCUAAUCUUCUUUUCGGUCUGAUAAUUCCCACCAACGCCGCGAUUUUCAGUGUUUUAGUUUGAUUCCAAUUCAUUUUUAUUUUCAGAUGUGUGUCCAAGAUUCUCUGUCGAUAUUAUGAGUCUGGGACGAUAAGGCCGAGAGCAAUAGGAGGAUCCAAACCGCGGUUUGUUAUUUUUUCAGUUAAAGUGGGAGAAACUUCACCAUAUAGGUAUAAAGUGAAAAAGUUGAAAAAGGAAUUUUUUUUUAGUUCCUUAACGGAAUGAAAUAUUUGGCCUUAGACAGUCAUUCUCAUAUUAUGUUUCACGAUUUCGAGGAAUUUGUCUAAUUAUGACCGCAAGGGAAUGGUUCAAGGCAUAUAAGGUGCAAAAAAAAAGUUUUUCUUUUAAGCAGUUCACUCAAAAAAUCGACGACUUGUCCGACCUGAAAAGUACGUCGAAAAGUCGAAAUUUUUGCCGCUUUGGACAUUAUUUUGACCAUGGCGCCUUGAACCAAUCCAAACGCGACCACUGAAUUCUAAAUCCAUUAGAAUAACAUAGGGACCGCAAAGCCACGCCCCUUUUCGCGAUAGAAAAAGUGGCUUUUUUUUGGUUUUCAACUUUCAUUUUGUUGUAGUUGCAAAAUAUGUGGAACUGGAUAAUGAAUUUUGACACACAUGUACAGAAAAGCUUCCUCUUUCGUUUAAAAAAUAUUUCACGCUUUCUUGAUGCGUUCGCGCGGAAUGUCGUACAAAAAAACGUGAAUGGAACUAAAAAAAUUUUUUUCGUUUUUUUGCUUUUUUUCAUGUGUUUUUCAGGUCGAACGCACUCUUUCUUUUUUUAAAUAAUGAUUUUUGAUUCAGGUAACGGUAAUUUUUAAAACAAUAAAAUAAAAAAAUUCGUCUUUGCCAAAAAAAUUUUUAGGGAGUGCCGAAAGUCAUAAUUCAAAAAUAUCGUUAAUAAGCGAAUAUAAUCGAGUUUUUUUGUUUUUUUCAAAAAUUUAGACUAUGGGCUUACUUAAAUUUUUUUCUCCACAGCAUAUGUGCUUGAAAAAGUUGUUUAAUACGCAAAAAAAUGCUCUUGAAAAUAGAGGAUAAAAUUAGCGGCGUUUAUCCCACAGAAAGCGGUCGAACGCAGGUUUUUUUCAAACGAUUAUAUACAUUUAUUAGUAAAAAAAUCUUUCAAUUAGAAGAAUAAAAUAAAAAAUUCGUCUUUGCCAAAAAUUUACGGGGCCGUUUUAAUGCAGCGAUCGUUAAACGAGGCAAAAAGCACUAAAAAAAACAGCUUUUUCGAAGUGAAUUUCCACGAAAAGUUUGAGUAAAGAUUUGCGAACAUAUUCUGAUAAAAAAAUAGCUUAAUUACUUCAAGUUUUUCUUUUUGAAAUAGGCAAUCUGUGCUUUUCAAACAGGUCAAGGAUAUGGCGGAUGGAAACUCCACUCGCUGGACCUAACAGCUUGGCGCAGCGCGUGCGCUGCGAUUUCUCAUUUUGAGGUCGCGAGUUCAAUGCCCGCAAGCGCCAGUUUUUUGUUUUCUGGAAAAUACCGACUUUUUCGGCAAACUAGCUGAUUAGCAUCAUUUUAGCACUCUAUUAUGAUUUGUUACAUCAUAAUAGACCAGUAUCAAAAGUUGUUCUGGAAGAAAAAUCGAGAAAAAUGUCAAAAAUGGAUAAUACCAAAAUUUCAGUACUAAAAAAAUGGUGCGCGGCGCGCCACAUUUUUCGUCAUAACUUUUUUCAUCCUCAAUCUUUUUCGAAAAACUAAACGGUUCUGAAUUUUGAAUCGAAACAGCUAUCAAACCAUACAAAGCUCAAUGCUGAAAAAUUUUUUUUGAAAGUUCGUCUGCGGUCCCUAGAAUAACAUAUCAAAAGAAAUCAAUCGAAAAAAUUCAAAAAUCAAUGAUCUUGAUGGCUUAAAAUCGUAUCAAAGUACUAUUUUUCAGUGUUGCUACAAACGGCGUAGUCGAAAAGAUUGAAGAAUACAAGCGGGAGCAGCCGAGCAUCUUUGCCUGGGAAAUCCGCGACAAGCUUCUCGGCGACCACGUUUGCACCACGGAAACUAUCCCUAGCGUCAGUUUCAUUCAAAGUUUUCGAAAUAUUCAAAAAAACAUUGUGUUUUGGCUGCCGACUGGCUGAUUUUUUCUACAUAGGCCAUUGUAUCAAUGCGCUUCGCCUUUGAAUAGAAGCUCAAUAACUGGAACAACACUUUUCGCACAAUACAAGCUUUGCUGGCGGUUAGGAUUAGCAUCCGAAUGAAAAUUACAUGAUUUUGCUGUCCUGUGGGUCGUCGAGGUUUUCUUCUCUAUUUUAUGAUUUCUAAUUGCUUAUAAUCUGUUGGGGUCCAUUUAGAGUGAACUCCUUAAAAUUGAAAAAAAUAUUUUCAAAUGUUUUUUUCUUUUUAGACAAAUUACGAAGGAAAAAAAUUAAAUAUACCUCAAAGCUAAUUCCAAUAGAUUUUCAGCAAGUUUUUUCAUAUCUUCUUGCAUAUUUAAAAAAAAAACGUCGACAUUCUCAAAAAAAUGCCUCUGAUCCUGUAGCCCCGAGAAUAUAAAAACCAUCUCUCAAGAUUUAUCCAGAUUCUUUUUGAAGCCUAAAACAACCUUUUGCAAGGCUUUUUUCGCUGAGAAAGUACUGUUAUGUUUAUCUUAAACGAAAAAAAAAGCGAGAUUGAAAUCUCGAAUGUUAUUUUUUGGCUCUCGCAUUCGUUCAUGUUACGUGCGUGAUAACAUGUUUCACUUCUUUUUUUUUCCCUUAUAAACUUAAUUGUGAAAAAAUGAUGGUCCUUUCACAACUUUUUCUAAUUCGAAUCUCAGUUUUCAACUUCCUAAAAUCACUCCAUGAUGUUGUCAUCUUCUCAAAUAUUUUUCUCUUGCUCCUAUGACGAAUUCUCUAUCGACUGAUGUCCUGGGAAAGUCUUCCUCUCAUAUAGCGAUUCUUGUUUUUUUUUUUUAUUAGUCUGUAACCUCACAAUCACUCAAUUGUCAGCAAAAAAAUUCAUUGAACAUUUUUUUGUUUUUUCUCUAAAAGAAGCCAUUCCGUGAAUGGAUCCAAUGACAGUCGCCUGUUAUGUUUAUUUAUGCUCCAAAAUUUGUGUCGGUCUCACAAUGCUCAUGUUAUCCAACACUUCAAUGAAAACUUCCCAUGUUAUUUUGGUUCUCUCCGAUAAUAUUUUUCGUUGCUCGAUUCACGACCUCCUUAUAGAUUGAUGGACCAGAAAGGGCAUCAUUCCCAUAUAAAAUGUCCCUUCUUUGUUUUUCAUUCGUGUAUGAGAAUUUUCGGUUUUCUUCUCAAUGUGAGAAAUAGUUGAAAUAAAAAACGAAGUCAAAAGAAACGUUUUUAACAACGCUCAAAAACGGCGCUUUGCUUUGAUACCUUCAGGAAAAAAUUAUUGCUUUUUAAAAUAGAUCAGCAAGGAUUUGUGAGCAAAUUUUUUUGGCCGGUGCUCUAAUAAUCGAUCAAUUUGUAGAGAAGAAACCGUCUUCCAAGGAAUCUUUUUUUUCCACAAAUUACGAUUUCAAAUCAAUCCAUGUUUUUAUUGCUCGCUCAAAUACUGUUGUUUUACCUAACUUGCGGCCUUCUCAUCAACAUGUGAACUGGAGAAGCCCUCAUUUCCAUAACAAUCCUUGUUUUUGUCUCCACUCUUAUUUUCAAACACGUGUAUUUUUCAAUUCCUGACUUUCUUUCAACUGAACUUCUAAAGAUCAUUUCUUAAAAUGGUGAUCUCUACUUUCGCUAAUAAAAAUCGUGAAAAGGCUCUCCGGCCAUAAAAUUCACUCAUGUUGUGUCGAAAACCUCAAAAAGGAUUUUUGAACAGACUCUAAUCGGUCCGCCCUGUUAAAAGAAAAGGGCGUGUGUACAAAGGAUGAUCGCUUCCAAAUCCACGAAUUUCAAUCUUUUCAUUAUUUUCGAGUCGACCAAAGUUAGCUUCUCUCAAGGUUCAGCAACCUUUUUUGGAAGGACCAGAUCUACUUCGACGAUUAUUUUUAUCAGAAAUAAAAUUCUAGGGGUCUAUUGCAAUCUCACUGUCAAUUACGAAAAACAAAAAUUUUUAACUUUCUUUUUGUCUGAUAUGUGCCAUAAUAAGCGUACAAACUAUCCGGUUCCUAGCGCCGAUUUUUUUUAAAAAUUCCCUGGAGUUUUGUAGUUUUCAAUUUUCCCCUUUUCAAGUUAGGUUCAGUCUUUAAAGUGGCUUCUUUUCGGAGUUUUUUUUCUCUCAUCUUCCAACUCGUGACCUCAUAAUCGAUUGAUUAACCAAACAGAGACCUCAUUUCCAAACACGCGCACAGUAAUUCAAAUGGGGGAAAGAAAAGAUGAGAAAACGCCGCUUACCGUAGGCCUCCUUGUGGGCAAGGUUUCCGCCGCCCUGAUAGCCAUCUUUUCCCUUUCUGAAAACGCCUUACAUCAGCAGACCAUCGAUUUGUUUGCCUUUCAUGGUCCCAUCUUAAGGCUUUUCUUCUCGAAAAUAUCAUCUCUUUGAAUAAUUUUUCAUGUCAGCAUAUUCCAGGUGUCUUCGAUAAAUCGAGUCCUCCGCAACUUGUCCGCCAAGAAGGAACAAGCUCAAAUGCAAUCCGACCUGUACGAUCGACUCCGUUUCGUCCAGCAAGAGUUCCCGUGAGUUUCCAAUCACUUAACUUUAGGCUGAAUCGCAGCACCUACGCCUUCAGAAGGAGAAAAAAAAAUGUUAUGAGUGAUUCUGAAAAAAGUUUAUUUUUCUUUUAUUGAUCAGGCCCCGAGAUCGUCUGAAAAUUUUUUAAUCUUUUAUCAUUUUGCAUCCAACUUUUUCCUUCCAGAUCUUGAUACUUUUGCAAAAAUUUUAGACUUUGUGGUUUUUCUUGCAGAAAAAGAACAGAAAUCCAACUUUUUGCAUCAAAAUAAAGAGUUGAAGUGUUCAAAAGUUCUUUCGGUUUCAAAAGGCAUACUAAUUAUCUUGCUUGUCUCAUCAACGUCUAAUUAAUUGACAGUUCCUUUUUCUUGUUUUCCAAGUUGAAAUGAAAAAAUAUUCUUUGGAAACGCUUUUUUCACUUAAAAGGCUUUCAAUUAAUCAGCUCUUUUAGCUACAACGCUCAGUGGUACAAUCAGUGGGCGAUGCCGAUGACUGGAGCCGUUGGUCUGAAUCCUUUCAACGCCAUCCCGGCGCAACCUUUGGUCGAGCCGAAAAAAGACUCCAGCGCUCCCGGUUAGUUAUUUUAUCUGAAGUUUUAAUACGACUUACAAAAGUCCAAUUCCAUAAUCUCCAAUCUUCCUGAGAGCUCUCUGGGCUUGAAAAACCUUGCCUGAGCUCUCAAAAAGGGGAAGUACUAUAAAAAAGGUACCCCGAAAAAAUAUUUUGUUCAACUUUAUCGUCUCAUGAUCCGAUGUGAGUAGGAGGGGGAGGAAAAAAACUGAAUGCUUUUACGAGCAUUCGCGAACGACGACAGAUGGGAUCCGAUGGAAGCAAAAAAAAAACCACGACGGCCGACACCGUUUUGCGAUUAAGGAAAGCGGAAGACGUCCAGAAUUCAGAUUUUCCCUCUUUCAGAUUCAAAGUCUCGCGGACUACGGUUUGAAGACUUCAAGCGUCAAGGAAAGACUUAAAAUCAACACUUUUAUUCAACUGAACAGUAAAAACUUCAAAUUUGAGAAUAGAAGAUGGAUAGGCAACUUUUUAGGAAUUUUUCUCAAUUUUUUUCCAGAUUUUUAUCAAAGCUUCAAAAAUUAUCUGAAAGUGCGAAAAACUUUUCAACCUCAGUUUACUUGAAUCAGGAUAACGCACUUUUUGGGUUUUUCUUACUUUUUUUGAAAACCGUAAUAAUUCAAUCGCACAAAUACGCCAUCAAAUUUCUGGCUCGAUGAAGAAUUUUUGACAAUUUCCAUAAGUUUCACACUUACGACAGGCCCUCGAAGCCUAAACAUCAUGAGAAACCCUAAAAGGAAAUUUUAAUCGAGAAUUUUGUCAACGAGAAAUUUUUAAGCAUUUGGUACAUUUUUGUACAACUUGACUGGUUUAGAAAGCUCACCGCUAACUUUUUCAUUCAUUAAUUCUUCAAGUUCUGAUAAAUUUUGGCGGUUUAGUUUAUGAAGGAAUAAUUCAAAAUUUUAAAAAUCGAAGUCAAAGACUUUUGAGAACAAUGCCCACUAUUUUCUCCUAUACCUAACAAUAAAUCGGGUCAAAACGGUGAAACGGCAAGUUUAUAGGCAAGUUGGACGGCAAAUGGCUGCGGGAGUCCAUUUGGCGAUAAUUCAACAUGACACAAUCUGUGCCGCUGCUCCUAUCGGCCCAAAAUAUCGGACCCCUUCGGUCCUCACCUAUUUAUCGCCUCAUCCUCAUCCCAUUUCCAUUCUUGUCUUUCACGCAAUAUCCUCCUGUUCCACAACUUUUUUUCUGUUUUUUUCAUCUCCAUUAUGAUCAUUUACUUAAAAAAAACUUUUAUAAAUGAAAUUCAGCCUAGGUGAGAGAAAUUUAAAAAAGCUUACUUGUGACUUUGAUCAUUUUCGGAAAUGCCCUUUCAAGUGAAAAAUAUAGCCUAGUUGAGUCAAAAAUUUGGUUUCUUGGAAAUCAAAAUAGUUUGCUGAUUUGAGACAAUGGAGCUGUUUGGAAUUUUAGCAAAUGAACCGAAAAAAUUUCCGGAUUCAGCUGAAAAUUUGCUACAAAGUUCAAGUGGCGUUUUUCAGCGGUUCUUUCGGUUUUCCUUUAAAAUUGACUAGCUCAGAAAUUCGUCCUAAGCCCCUUGAUGACCAAACUCAGCUUUCCCUGAAAAUCAUCAGUUUUUAACCAAAUUAAAAAUAAUCAGAAGCCCAUGACAGGUUAAAAAUGCGUAGUAUAUACGAAACUUUCAGUUUUCAAGUUUAAUUUUUCCAAGCUUCUCGAACGAAAAAAAUCUGGAAUCUCCGGAUUACCGUAGAAAUUUAUCAUAACGACGUCCCGACCGCAUUUGUACGCCUGUUAGAAUCGAAAUUGACUUUUGAACAAAUAUUAUUCGUGCGCCGAUUGGCCAUUUCAAGUCGACGACAAACCGAGAGGAACUCGUUUUCCGCAAAUUGCAAGACAAAACGUCUUGGCCCCUCUCUCUUCUCAAAUACCGUAACCUUGCGCACACCCGCCUUAGUACGUUUUGCUUGAGAAAUAGAAUUUGCUGAAAUAAAAAAUGAAGAAAAUUAGUUAUCUUUCCGAUAAGACCUAAAAUUAGUUAUCUUUCCGAUAUCUGAAGAGCUGUGAAAUUAGAAUGGUGAUGAUGGUCAAGACCGACUUCCAAUCAGCUUUUUAAAGUUAGCUCAACUCAGAAAGGAAAAAUUCGCUCCAUUGAAGAGCCUAUACAUUUUCACACAAACCAGCGGAUCAAAAUGGGAAUGUUCAAAAAAAUAAGUUUUAGUCAUAUUGAAUACAGAAACGUGACAGGAGAAACUGCGAAAAAUGAUAUUCCAAGCCGAGCUUUUUUCAAAUAAAUUAUUCAGUUAGAGGAUUCAAUAUUUAUAUAUUCUCACAGCCAAAAAAUUAAUUCUCAAGGUCCAGAUUGGAGAUCAUGCUUCAAAUCAACUUUUCAAGCUCCUUCCAACCAGCUCCCGAUUUUCGUGUGUUUUGCUCACCGAUUGGCGUAGUAACGACUCAUCUCCUUCUUUCCGUAAACACCCACCUAGCCGGACGUUGGUCUAUAAGCGCCCCGUGGCAGACAAAUUAAUGAGCAUUAAUGGACACCAACCUCGGCAGAAUGUAAUUCCUGCCGAGCGGCCUGGCUUAUAAAAUCGAAAAAUCAUGCCUAGUAUUUAUGAAUGUCUGGUGUCAAAAAUUCCGAAAGGGAAACUUUCGGCUUCAGUAGUAUGAUAUUAUCAAAUUUCUUGGCUCAUUAAACAGACAGUUUCUGUUUAAAUGAGCUCUAUCGAAAAAUCAUGAUAACAUUUCGUCAUUCAUCAUAUCUAAUCUAGCUUUAACUACCAAAAAACCCGGGACUUUGAAGAGAUUUUCACAUUAAAAUAAAACUAUAAGCUUAACGAGGCUCAAAAAUUCCAACGCCUCGGAUCAAACACCACAAGAACUUCUAUUAAAAUGAUAUAAAAUAUCCAGAUCAUCCAUUUUAUAGUAUUAUCCUUUGCAAAAUGCUAACUGAAUUUAUCAAAAAGAGAUAAUCGCAGUUUAGAGGAGAAAUGAAGUUUUUUUGUCCAAAUCUUGGAAGCCUUGAAGUUAUUUAAUCCGAUUUAUAACACUCAGCUGCCUCUGAAUAUCCAGCUCGAAAUAGUUCAAGAGAGAAAAAAAUGAGAAGCUCUGAAAUAUUGAAUUCAUUUUUUUCCAUUACUUUCGAAGUCCUUUCUUUGAAAAACUUAAAAAAAGUCUUCAAAAAAAGGUCUUAGCACGAAAUUUAAGUAGCUUGAUCGGAAACCUUUUUUUAGGCUUUGAAAGCAUUGCCUUUUUUUCGAUUAAAUACUGAAUUAUAUAGAUUCCACAAACAAAAACCAACUGCGUUUAUAAUAUCCUUGCGUGAAACAGUCACCUCAUGUACUUAAAAUAGGAAAUUUUCAAACCAACUGAUUAAAAAUUUCGGUGCACCCCGCUGAGAAGCGAUCAUGGCCGUUAUAAUCGAGCGGCCGUAGUCUUGUCGUUUUUUUCCCAACGAGACGACUUCUCUCUCCCACCAUAACCGCCGUCUAAUUUAAUUUAUUCACUAAGUCAACAUACAAUAAUCGCAAUUUUCGCCAUUCAUUUGACGGCGUUCGUCGGGUUAGUCGACUGCUGCUUCGCAUCGCUCGGCCUGGCUUUUAUCUGGCUUUUUUCAUAAUUUUUUCUCAUUUUUCCAUAACUUUUGUUUUUUGUUAGUUUUAGGUGAUUUCACAGCUUCAAGGCAUCUUCAAAUCAGUUCGCUAUUUUCCAUUAUCCUAUGUUUGAGCUGAAUACUGAGUUUACUGGAGCUUUCCUGCUCACUUUUAAGUUAAUCUAAAAGCAUUUCUGGAACAAAACGUUUUCCAAUGACAGAAACUACCGUUCCUGAGAUUUUUUAGCGUCUUCCAAGACGAAAAACUUCGAACAACUCCCUCAACCUCUUUCCUCACUUUCUUUCCUUAUCAUCUCAAAAAUUUAAAGUAACUAAAGAAAAAAAAAGGAUGGGCUGAGGACUGUGCGACCAACGGUUCUUCUUGCAUAUUACAACGUUGUUGUCCCGCCAAAACACUGGCGCUAAUGUACCGCGAAAAUAUUUUCCGCCUGACUGGAGCAGCCGUUUGAUAAGGCGAUGCGCGUCGCCCAUCGCCUUCUUAUUCUAGUUGAACAAGAAAUUUUUCUUUUGAAAAAAAUGACUUCUUGUCUUCUUGUCUUCCGAUGAAGAUAUUGGGUAGAACGGACUGUUGAAUUUAGACAGUUGGAAGGGAAAAAAUGACGAAAUUUCGAACUUUCUCAAAAAACAUCGAAAAUAGAUGGUUUGUAUUUGGUAUAUGAGGCUCUCCAAGAAGGGAAAGUUCUCUAAUUUGAGAUUUUCACAGAACUUUACAUUUUCGAACUCUUAUCAUCAUUAGUCAUACUUUUUUUUCUGAUUGAAUUAAAGGAGAGCAAAAAUUUGUGACUGAGAAAUGAGAUUCCUAGCUAUUUUGAACGUUAUUUAGAAGACGCGCCUUCAAAAAAUGUAAUGAGGUAUUUUUCAGAAGUUCCUCUAGAGUUUAGGAAGAAUCAUACAUUUUUUGCGGAUUUUUUGAAGUCCAAACUCCUUGCAUGACCUGACCUAACCCUAAAAAGAAUUUUUUUUCCCAACAAAAAUGGCCCAUCCAUUCCCAGAAGCUUCAUCAAAUUUUACCGACAGAAACUUUUCUUGAAAUUAGAUCAAGCUAUUUUUCAUAUGGAAAAAGUUCGCUUUGCCCUAUCUUUCCGUUUCCGUCACAUCUAUUACUUAACACACAAAAUAUCCCAGUUUUAAAUAUUAGCAAUUCGAUCUCGAAUAGAAGCCUUAUACUGGUAUUAGCUUGUUUUGGAAGAUUUUGAAACUCAGAGCCGGUGGGAGGACCGGCAAGCCGCGGAUUUGGCUCCAACUCCCUCAAAAAUCCGCGAAAAAAAGGGAUGGUUGGCUCGGCGAGUUGGCUGCACCCAAUGCAAACUUAGAUCCAUCACCGCUUCAAGAGGGGCAGAGGCUUUGGCUGGCGUCGGUUUGGAUUACGGUGGCCGGGGCGGAGCGUCCAGCCGUCGUCCCCUUCUUCCAGUUUUGGCUGCGCCCAACGUUUCUCCAUCUGUUGACUCUCUCCAUCAAUUACUCUAUCUCCAAGUGAGGGGCACCGCUGCUGUAUUUCUCUACCUGUCCUUUUGCGUUCCGGACUGCCUCACGCCACACAUCACUUUUUACUUGAGUGAUCCUGAUUGCUUGUGACAGUCGCUACCAGCGGCCCGCUGCCCAGAAAACUCGAGCUCACCUGCUCUUCUGAAUCGUCGCGACGGCUCACCGAGGCGGUCCUCAGUCAACCAUUGAGUCGGCCAGCUUUUCGUGCGCGCCAGACACUUGGUGCUAUCCGCCGAGCUCUUCUGGAGACUCCGGAAUGCAUCGACCUGAGCUCUACUCCAUCAACGAGAACAUGCCGCACUGCGAUCAGUCGCUCAUACGAGUUAAGGAUCUCUUAUAUUUUGAAGCGACUAGUUUAUAUUUUUUAAGUGAGAACCAGUUUUCGUUUGCUUGAAGAUCUGAGUGGAUAGUUUUUCCGUCUUAUAGUUUUAUGCAUGUUGUUAAAAUCAGCUCCGAUAGUUCAACCGAAUAUUUGUUUUUUUCGCGGAUGCACAGUCAACAAACUAAUUCACAGAAUAACAAGUAUGUCAUUUGAGUUUUUCCAAAAUUCCCCAUAUAGGGGACUUUUUUUGAAAAUUCUUUUUUCAUUAAAAUGAGGAUCAUUUUGAAAAACUUCCUUAACAGUACAUAACUCCUGAAUGCUCGAAUAUAUUUUUUUUCUACUCACUCAGCAUCGUAAUAUGACCAUUUCCAUUUCAGGUAAUAUCAAAAAAAAAAAACUUUUAUCCUUUUUUAUCUCCCAUUUUCCAACUUGAAACAAUGACUAAGUGGUUAGUGAAACAGUGACUACGUUUCUGCAGUUAUUUGAGGCGAAGGACCAGAGGAAGUUUCACCUCACAAGUUUAUUCGAUUUUAGUUUCGAUUUUCAUGAAUCGAGAAAAAAUCCAUUAGCAAUCUGGAACAAAAACUUGUCAGCUGAAAUUCCAAAAAAAAAAGUCUUUGAGUCUCAAAACUUCAAGGAUUACAUUCCAUAUUCAAUAAUUCGAUUUUUAAGCUUUUCACACUAAUAUUUUUCCAGCCUCAAAUCGUAAGCUCUCAAGUUAACUAAAAUUGCCUUCUGUUCUCUAGUUUUGAGGACCUUUCCUUCCGAAAAGCAAAAAAUGCCUACCAGUUCCAACCAAGAUCACUUGAGAACUUUCCUCAACUCUCCCAACCGUUUUGCCUCGUCGAUUCAACUGUUAAGUUUUUUACAACAGUGAGAGGAAGAGGGAGAGUGGGUGAGAGGGUGGAGAACACCGCGCACCUUUUGCAUUGUCUCAUUGCGCCACCUCGAGAAAAAGAAAAGGUGACUCUGCCGGCCACCAGUCGCACGUCUUCUGUCCUCGAGGCGGUAACCCGCCCCAUCAGCCAUCCGCGCGCUAUCAGUCGGUGGUCGUGCAGUCUCCCACGAGAGAUGAUAUCGGCCCACGCUCCGUUGACGCCGCUGAAGCCACCGCUUCCGCAGGCCGCGCCACGGCGACCUCCGCCAAUCCGCAAAAUUCGACACGGUACUUCCAAGUUCUUGUCGCCAACUUUUUGAUUUGCGUGAUUUUUGGGCCUUUUAGCAUUUUUCACGCCAUCUCUGAGACCUUUUCCGAUUUUUGAAGCUCAAGAAUGGUAGAGAACAUUGAACUUCGGACUUUAAUCUUUCAAAGUUUCCAACUAAUUGAUUUGAAAAAAAACUUACAAGUUAUAUGUGAUACUACAUCACAGUCAUUCAGAGCCCUUUCUGUUUUUUUUUGAGGCCUUCUGAUAUGAGUUUUAUUGAAAUUUCAUUCUGUAAAGAUCAUUCACAGCUGACUUUUUCGGAUAGCUCAUUCCGUAAAGAAACCACUUUUGAAAGAGUGUGUAAAAAAGCCCAGGAGCUCACUUUUUAUUCAGAAAAAAAGCUUCUGAAAGACGACAAUUUCUACUUUCUUUCAUUUUAUUUUUUCAUCAGAACAGCUCACAAUGGAAUGUUUUCAAAAUCUUCUGAUCUCGAAACAAUUCACAAUUUCAAACUUACUUUUUCUAGUCCGAAUGCUUAGAGGUUGCUGUUUUUUUUUAACUGUGGACUUCUUACGAAUAACAUCACUUCUCUGUUUCCAUCUAUCGAUUUCUCCUCAACGCAUGGGUUGUACACAAAUCGAUUCAUUUGCAUCGUAAUCAAAUUAGGAAUGUGAGCGAUUUGAAAGCGUUUGAUGCGAGAAAUAGAAAAAGAGAAAAAAACAGUCGAGACGUCGUUGCUCCGGAAGCCUUUCCACCGACCACCGGAAGCAAGAAGAAGCGUUAAUGGCUUGCAUUAGCUGCGCUUCCGUUUUGUUACCGUUGCCCCUUCGAGUGAUAAUCCAAGCCAAUGUUAUGAGAAUUCAAAAAAUCAUGAAACAAAAAAUUUGUCAGUAUGAGUUUACUGUUUUAGAUGAGGACCAAAAGCCUCCAAACGAUCCUGACGAGGACGCGGCGGCUCGAUUGCGUCUGAAACGAAAACUCCAGCGCAACCGCACUUCCUUCAGCCAGGAGCAGAUAGAGGCCCUUGAGAAAGGUAAAAUUCCGGUCAGAAAAAUCGGGAAAAAAAUCGAAUGUUUACAGAAUUUGAGCGUACCCACUACCCGGACGUUUUCGCUCGCGAACGCCUUGCGCAGAAAAUUGGUCUUCCAGAGGCCAGAAUCCAGGUAUGGUUCAUUCACCGUCACACGGAGAAUGGCUCAAGAUUUUUAUCUUGCCUCAUAGCUUUCUGUGAAUUAUUUGAAAGCGGUAUUCUAAAAAAAUAACUCACGUUGACUUUUUAUUUUUAUGAUGAUAUGUAAGUAAAUUAAAAAUUCUUCAAUUGAGCUGAACUAUAUUUUCAAUAAUAUAGAAGCAUAAAAUUGGUUUAUAUUGCGAAAUGAUCAAAAUCGAACCGUUGACGAUUCCCACAGUAUACUCCGGCGACUGAUAGCGUCAGCCCCGCCUACUUCUCACCAACGCGAGAGAUAGGAAAUCAUCCAAAUGGGCUAUAAUUAUUACAUAAAUACGAUGUGAUCAAGGUUGUACCUCUCCAAGGGCUCUCUUUCCUUGAAAAAAAAAAUAAGCUCUUGAGCAAGGAUAAUCUUUACCUGUUCCUCCAAUGCGUCAGAGCAGGAUUACAAAAAAAAAUAAAACUUGAAGCAGGAAAACAAAAAUCUUUUUUUCUUCUUCGUGACGCAGUUUUUAACGGUUUAUAAAACGCAAUGUCGACGCAACAAAAUGCGCGAUAAGUGAGUGACGUGCAUGGUGAAGAUAGUGGAAAAGAAACGAGGUGUCCGUAUGUCAAUCGCGAUCUGGAAUCUCGAGGGGAGGACGGCAGAUUGGCACGGUUGGCUUCCGCUCAGCCUUGAACAGGAUCAGUUGAGUUCUCUGACAAGUUUGAACCUUCAGACAGGUCAAACUCAUGUUUUCGUCGAGUUUUCUGGCAGAAAAGUGGAAUUUGAAGCCAAAAAAAAGCAACGAAAAUUGUUUUUUUCCAGAAACAUCAAGGAGAUUCUCUCAAAUUAGUCAAAUUAAUUAUUUUCCACGGCUAAAAAAAGCUUCGGCAUUUAUGGAACCUUUUCAAAUCUAUAAAAUCUUGAUUACAGUUUGCACAAAUAUCGCUAUUUCGAAAUAUCAGCAAACAACUUUUGUUCACUCAUUUUUUUCCUUAUUUUUUCUCGGUCAGACACAAUCACCACUCCAGAGCCACUUGCCUCCCCGGCACACUUGAACUUUUCCUUUUUUGGAGAAGAAUCGAAACAGGUUGCGCCGGCCGUUGUUUCAAUAACAACUUGGCCCAAAAUGUUCUCCUUCCUGAAGUUUCAAACUUGGAAGAAAAAAAGGAGAAUUUUUCUGUGGCAGAUGCUCAAGCAUUUCUGGACAUUUUGUUUGUUAAUUCGAUAAAAUAUUGACCUUCUGGAUAGGUCCUAUCGAGAUCAAAAGACAUUUAUCUUGAUUAGGCUCACCACGAAGACACAUGCUCGCAGCGAAAACGUAACAAAAACGCAGCUGUCUGUGUUACUGUGGAUUUUGAAUAUUACAGUAAUCAUUUCAUAAAGAAAGAAGUAGUUGAAUCUUACAAUAAAAAAGUUGUGAAAUAAAAAGUCGAAAAUCCGAUUUUUUCAAUAAUAUUGGAAUUACCCUUUAAAAAAAAGAAAGCUUUGAACCGGAAUUCUGGUCCAUUAAUCGAUUUCUCGGUUGAGGAAAGUUUUCAGAAUGAAAGAAAAAUCAAAUAAUCAUUGAUCAGUCAGCAGUAAUUCAAAAAAUCUGCAUUCUACAAUUUCUCUGCGCUAACAUAUUGAAAAAACUAUAGAAAUCCGAAAAAUAUGAUUUUCUCAAGAAAUUCAAAACCAUUGUCUUUUCCAGGUGUGGUUCUCGAACCGUCGCGCCAAAUGGCGUCGCGAGGAGAAGCUCCGGAACAAGCGUCCUGGCGGCAGCGUCAUGGACUCUUCCAUGUCCAACGGGACUCCUACUCCGACUCCUGGAUCGGGUCCAGGCAGCGCAAUGACGAACCCGAUCGGCUCGCCGGCUUCAACGCCCAACCGCUUCCAGCAGUCGAAUCCUUCGAUCGCUGCGGCCAACUUUGUGCCGCCGACCGGCCAGAUGUACACUGGGCUCACUCAGCCGACUAUGGACCCCUAUGCGUGAGUUUUUCGUUGGGAUGAGGAUUGAAUGUACAGAAAAAAAAAUUGUAUCUAGUAAAAUUUUCAACAUAAAAGUUGAAACAACCUAUUUUUUGAUAAAGAAGCGCACUUCAAUCAAAAGUUCAUUUUGACUUUGAAAAGCCUGUUGGGACCUUCAAAGUAGCGAUAAUAAAUAGUUCGGUUGAAACCUGAAAGUUAGUUAAUUUUGAAUCUCAUUUUGAAUCGUUCCGUCAAGAUGUAUCGAAGAUUUUUGUUUUCCAGGUUCGGUUUUGCCAACGCUGGCUUGGGGAUGCCGUACCCGCCGGCGGAUUUCAGCGCCCAUCACAUGUUCCCCACCACUCGUUCGCCAUACGACGCCUUCCAUGUGAGUUGUUUGUUUUUUAUACUUUUCAAGGGGAUUUUCUAAUUUUCCAAGUUUCAGCCGUAUGCUCGGACGAUGCAGACCAGCGUGGCUCACAGUUUCCCGCCUGGAAUGAACCCUGCAACGACCUCUUCUGUCGGUGGUGAGUUACCGGGAAAAAAAGGAAAAGAAUAUUAUCCCUCCAGUGGCAGCGCAAGUUCGUGAAGGGUGAAACAGUAUUGUCAUUUUUUGAAGAGGUCAUUAAAAACCCAGUCAUUCCCAAUCAAGCUUCCCUCGCUUCAAAUUUCUGUUUGAUUUUUGAAAGUGAAGCGGGAAACUCAUUCAGAUCUGUCAAACCCAGUCAGGCUUCCAGGUCUUCCGCUAAUUAAAGACCUUUAACAACUGUUCCAAAUGGAGCGGGGAAGCCAUUUUUUACGCUGGCUGAAAAUUCGGACGUUCUGAAACAUUCUGUUUUUUGUUCUUUGUGGAGCGGUUCCCAUUCGCUAUCCCUACAGUAACCGAGCGCGCCUUUGUCUGUCGUGACACAUGCGCCCAGUCUCUUGUCAACUCAAAUAAUCAUCUCAAACCCGUGAGUCCGCACGGAAGUCUUCAAAACGCCUCUCAUCGCGUCUCUUUCCUUUUUUUUACAGUCCGUCAACUGAUAAUCAGUCAGCACUUUAGAGGGCAAUCUGAUGUCUCAGACUUUCCAAAAAAAGAACUGAUAAAAAUGUCCGAUGCAAUCAGUCAGAAAUGAUGAGAAACAAUGAAGAAGAACUUUUUCGGACUUAUACGGGCAUGAACUUUUUUUUAUUUGUGAAAGUCAGAUCUAACUAGGAUUCCAUUCGAAAGUCGAACUUGCAAGCCGACUGCCUGCGAAAAACUUCAAGAGGCCGACCCGCUUUAGGGCAUUCUUCUGAAAUUUAUGAGCGCGUUUGGCGAGUUUAUGGCGGCAUCAUUUCUAGCAAAUGUUUUCGGCCUCGUUGUUCUACACUCAUUUUGAACGCUCAAGGAAUAUUCCAGUGCAUAAACCUAGUUUUUAAGAAAGUUCCCAGUCUUAGUUGAGUCGUAAAGUUGGCUUGAUGAUUUUGAAGUGUUAUGAAGGGAACAGGCUAGUUGAAACUAUUAUAAAAAUACAAGACAAGUAUAAAAAAGCUGUAAAUCUUUAAUAAGGUAUAUGGUUGGGUUUUUCCGGCCUCAAAAUUUUCAAAAAAAAGUUGCGCAAAGUUUUUUUGACCUAGUUUAAGAACUAACCGAGGCUUUCUCAAAGAUUUUCUACGCUUAUAGAUUUUUUUAAUCGCUUUCAAUUUUGCCUGCUCAGAUGACAAUAAUGUUGUCUCAAAAAAACAAUUUUUUUAGAAUUUUUUUGGUUUUUUUGAAGCUCAAAAAAAUAUCAAGAUACAAAUGAAGAGAAGGGAAAAUCGUUUUUUUCACACCGAAGGCUACAGCAUAUACAAAAAAAAUCAAAUUUAAAGAAAAUAUUCGAAAUUGUUCAAUUUCAGUUAUCACGCCUGGAAUGAGCGUCUCGGCGGUUCUGAACACAAUCGACCAGUCGUCCCUCUCCUCGGGUCACCCAACUAUGCACGACAUUAGUGAAGUUCAACCUCAUGAUGCCGCUUCGCAGUACUGGCGCCAGUAG